ACGUCAAUUCUCUCUCUCUCUCACUCUCUCAGGUGCAAUGAACUAGGUGAAUAGACAUGAUUACGGGUCCGGAAGCUAGACAAACGCAUAGGUUGCUGGACUUGAAGAAGCAGCAAUGGGCCAAGGAAAGAGAGGAGAUAGCGCGCAUGGAUGAGCUGUACCACCAUCAGCACACCUCAUCCACCUCGCACCACAAGAUCGAGCGCACCUCCAUACGCACGUACUACUCCAAUCUGGAUCUCAGCCAGAGCUCCUCGAACCAGACCUCCAGCCACGCCCGCCAGCCGCCCGCUCCACCCAUGCAGUUGAUUGUGCGGCCGCAGCCCGCCACGGACUAUCGCCCAGUGCAGCGGCAGCGCAGCGAGGACUACAUGAACCAGGUGGAGCGCUACAUGGACGAGCUGGACGUGGAUGCCGAUGCGGACUUUGAGGACGAUGAAUUGCUGUACAGGCGUCAGCGGCGUGGCAGCUAUGCGCCCGGCAUGUCCGAGAGACAGCUGCAGGCGCCACCCGGCCGCUACGUGGAGCUGGUGCCCACGGCGCUGCAAACGGCCAAAGGGCGCAUGCAACACCCUCCGCAGCAGCAGCAGCAGCACCAGCAGCAGCACAGGCUAAGGAGUCCCAGUUUACCCACAAUCAGGCAGCGGGAGUAUCAGGCAGGGCGCAGGCAACAGGGACAACAGCAGCAGCAGCUAAAAGCGGCCAAUCAACUUGGCCAAGUCAAUGGCAACGUGAAGGGAACAAACAUUGAUCCCGGCAACGCCAACAUGCCACAUCGAUUAAACAAUCCGAAUGGGAGCCAAGCGCCAGUUGGUUGCCAGGAAGAGGACACUUCCGGCUAUCUGAGCGACACGCCCAAGAACACACACACGCCCGACAUUUGGUACAACGAUGCAGCCAGCCAAAAUGGGAGCAUUAGUGGGAUGGGCAGCGCCAGCCAGACCGAGGAGAGCGUUGGCAACGCCUCGCGUUUGAGGCGAUCGAUACAGGGGGCGGCCAUGCCCCUACCCCAGCCCCUGCCCAUGGCUACGCCCACGCCCACUGCUGGUGCUCAAGCGUCCAAGCCGACGCGCCGUGGGGCUGCACAGCGCCACAGCUAUGAGCCACUGGCAGCCGAUGGCUACCUGGCAGACAGCUGCUGUUAUGUGGCCGCUCCGUCGACCUGCUCCAACGUGAGUCUCAGUCGCGACGUGUCCACGUCGAACACCUACCAGGUGCACAUCAGCAACAGCUGCGAGCAGGGGGACUACUAUGUGCAGGAGCGGGAUCGAGAUCGGGAUCGGGAGCGCGCCCGCUGGGCCAACUACAACGGGCAGCAGCCGGUGGCGGUGGCGGUGCCGGCGGGUUGGCUGAAUCGUGGCAUGCACGAUCUCAAGGACAGCGAGGACGAUGCGCAGUCGGUGCACUCAUCCUCCACUUAUCUGCGCGGGCAGAAUGCGCCGCUUGACGCGCACACGCUGGCCGAGCGCAUGGACAAGCGGCGGAAGGCGGCCGAGUAUCACAAUGCGAUCAAGAAGCAGCUGCAGGAGCGCGAGCUGAUACGCAAGUGGGAGCUGGAGCGGCACAGGCAGGAGGAGCAGCUGGAGGAGCAGCGCAUGCGCAGGCAGAAGCAACUGGAGCAGGAGCGACUGGAGCACGAGCGUCGCCAGAUGCUGGAGCGCGAGGAAGCGCAGCGCAAGAAGCAGCAGGCGAUGCUAGAUGCCAUUGCCAAGGCAGAGGUGGCCGCCAAAAUGGAGAAGCAAAAGAAGCGCAAGAACCGCGAGCGAGCCCAGAGCCAGGAGCAGGCCGACAGGCCGGAGCUGCUGCAGGUGCUCUCCGUGGAAGAGGAAGAGAUUGUUGAGGAGCAACUAGAGCAUGCAGCGGAUGCAGAGACUGUGGUCUCCGAGGAGAAGGUGCUCAUUGGCACACCCAUCAAUCUGAGGCGCACCAUCACGAAGCCCAUCAAGCAACCGACCUCAGAGACAACAGAGGGCGCUGCCAAGGAGUCACCCGGGAAGACGAAGGCGAAGCUGACGAGCUCUGUCGAGGAGAAGGAGAACUUGGCGCUGCUCAUGCAGCCAGCCACACUGAUCCCGCUGCCCGUGACCACGGACAUAUUCGGACUGCAGAAUGCCAUUGGGAAUCUGCAGAUUGCCACGUACUUCAUGCAGCAGCCGGCGCCGGUGCCGCCGCCGGCCAGCACGGAGCGGAGCUACUCCAAGGCGACCAUGACGCAGCGCACGGAGACCUCGAUCUGCACCGAGGAUGGCUACCAGGCGGAGAAGGAGGAGGAUGAGGAACUGCUGCACACGACACGCUCGGGGCGCACUGCCCUGGAGACGGCCAGCGGCUUCUUCUCGCCCGAUUCCCUGGAGGUGGAUAUUGCGCGACAGCCAGCCGAGCAGGACAAACUGGCGCUGAUCCCAGUGAAGACUCCUGCUGCAGCCGGCGAGUCGGCGAACAGGCUGAGGCGAGCCACUGAGGGCGCUCUGCAAGCGGAUGUGGAGACCCAGACGGAGCUGCCGCUCAACUGCGAUCUGUGUCUGUUCCACGACAACUUCUACAAGGUGCUGCUGAAGCGCGAGGUGUCCACCACGACCACGACGCAGACGUCGAAGACCCAAACACAGCCGGCGAAGGAGUCGGCGGCGGAGAAGGACCACGAGACAACGACGACCACCACWACGACGACGACGACCACGUUCAAGGCGAAGACCAAGGACAAGGAGAAGGAGAAGGACAAGAACAGGAAGAAUCAGGGCAAGGACAAGGAUGGCCACAAAAUGGACGAUCGCCCCAAGUGGGGCGUCAAUCGGCCGGUGGUGCAGUAUGUUAAGGCCAGCGAUCGGGAUCCCUUCUGCCUGCGUAAGAAGAAGAACCAUGUGGCCAAGCCGCCGCGCUCCCAGUCCAUGGACUCGCGCCUGGACACCGUGGUCGUGCUGCCCGAGGCUCAACUGUGCCAGGGUGACGGUGCGGCGCUCAUCAGCACUACCCAGGAGGAGGAGGGUUUCCUGCUGAAAGCGCGCAAUGUCUGCACCGAAAUUCUGCCCAUCAAAACGGAUGAAAAGGGUCGCAUUUUCCUCAACUUUCGCGAGGCUAGCGCCAUCAUGAACGAGGACGAAAUAAAGGAUAAGCUGAGGCAGAAGUACUUCAACUUCGGCCGGAUACUACCACGCCGCAGCUGGGCCUCGGCCACGCAGCACGGUCUGCCCUUCAGUGUGACCGCAGCAGCGGCCACAGCGCCCCCAGCCACGCUCACAGUGGGCGACCUGGCGGACGAUUAA